UGUUAAAAGUGAUCUAUGAGGACUCAACUUAUGUUUUAAUUCCUUUCACCUAAAAAAAAUAUUUAUAGAGAUUGCCUCGAUAUUAAUACAUUCGGCUUUUACAGUUUAUUGAAACAUUCCCGAGUUUGGAGCAGGAGUGUUUAAUUUGACGUCAUAGCGUCCCUGUCACGUGGUGAUCGACUAUGGCUGCCGUGGCGUCGAGUAGGCUUUUACUCGAUUGGACAGAUGUCGCGACCGUUUUAUGCGACGACAAGUCAUCUUCCGAAGAGGAAGAAGUGGAAACAGAUUGGGAACCGAAGGAAGAAGACGAGGAAGAUUCGGAAGAGGAAGAGGAAGAAGAAAGUUUAGUACAAGAUCUCCAACCUUUUUAUGUAGGACGGGAUGCGACCCGCUGGAGUAAGAUCGAAUUAUCCCCCUCUCUCGGCCCAAACAAAGGAAAAGUCUCUACGCAUCUGCCCGGUCCCGUGGGUGAGGCCAGAAUGGCAAAGUCCAUUAUGGAAUGUUGGAAUUUAUUCGUAAGCGAGGACAUUUUACGAAUUGUGGUGAAGUACACAAACGAGCAAAUCAAGAGAAUCCAACCAAACUAUAAGAGAGAAAGAGACGUCAAAUUAACGGAUUUGAUAGAAAUUAAAGCGUUAGUAGGGAUCAUGUAUUUGACCGGUUGUAAAAGACUUAACAGAUGCAACGCAGCUGAAAUUUGGACGUCGGACGGCACGGGUCUAGAGGUGGUGAGAACCGUCAUGUCGGCGAAAAGGUUUAUGUUUCUACUGGGGUGUCUCAGAUUUGACAAUAAAAAAACCAGGAAUAAGAGACUUCAAACGGAUAACUUGGCAGCGGUAAGGGACAUUAUCGACCCUUUCGUAGAAAGUUGUCGCAAGAACUAUUGUAUAUCCGAAUUCUGCACCAUAGACGAAAAGCUGGAAGGAUUCAGGGGGAGGUGUCGCUUUCUUCGAUACAUGCCGAGAAAACCGAACAAAUACGGCAUCGAGAUUUUUAUGUUGGUCGAUUCCCGGAUGUACUACACUCACAACCUUGAAAUUUAUUGCGGGAAACAACCCGAGGGACCUUAUUCCGUUUCCAAUUCGCCCGAAGAAGUGGUGAAACGGUUGACGAAAUACAUAGCGGGAUCGGGCAGAAACAUCACCAUGGACAAUCGGUUUGUCAGUUUUAAAUUGGCGAUGGAUCUACUUAAGGAAAAGCUGACGAUCGUGGGUACCAUUCGAAAACACCAUCGAGUCAUACCCAAAAUAUUUUUGGACUUAACGGGAAGAAAAAUUUCUAGCAGCAUGUUUGGUUUUCGAGAAGAUUCGACUCUAGUGUCGUACGUCCCCAAGAAGAAUAAAAACGUGCUGCUCUUAUCGUCCAUGCACCAUUCUGGUUCUAUCGACCAAAAAUCGGGUUCUUUACAAAAACCCGAAAUUAUCACCUUCUAUAAUAUAACGAAAGGGGGCGUAGAUACGGUCGAUCAAAUGACCGGGACGUAUAAUUGCGCUCGGACUACCCGAAGAUGGCCCAUGAUAAUAUUUUAUUGCAUGUUAAACAUCGCCGGAAUAAACUCGCAGAUCAUUCACCAAUCGAACGGAAACUGUUCGAAGGUGUCGAGUAGAAGAGAAUAUUUAAAAAGGUUGGGGUUAGAGUUGAUGUACGAACAGAUCGACAGGAGGAAAUCAAUGCUUUCACUUCCCACAAGCAUUCGAAUAGCCGCAGAAAAAAUUCGUCCGUCCAAACCGGAAGACCCUCCCAAAACUUCGACGGAAAACCCAACUCCGAGAAAAAAAAAGAGAUGCAAGGAGUGUGGUAGAAAAAAAAAUCGGUACACGAGUAAACGAUGCCUGAAAUGUGAAACUUUUUUAUGUCAAGAGCAUUUAAUACAUGUUUGUAAACACUGCUUUGCAAGAAGAAAAGAUUUUAAAUAACAACAAAUGUUUAUGUGCCAUAUUUUUUAAAUUUUACAUCUGUAUUUUAGUCAUAUUUAGUAUAAUUAAAUCUUUUUUUAUUUUUA